ACUGUCAAUCAUAAAAUGCCUUCAACGCCAUACAAAAAUAGAAUCACGAUGAGUUAUUUUUAAUUUACAAUUUUAUGUUUAUUUAAGACUUAUUUUAUGAAUUUAAAAAUGCAGUAUUCUACUCUUAACAAAAAGUAUUACUUUCUGGAGUAUUUUUCGUGUUAUGAACAUCGUUUCUAUAAUUAGAGCAAAGUUUACAUAAAUUAUGAUUUUUCUAAAGCAAAUAUUACGAUUCUCUCCAAUACGAAGCAAGCAAAUUAAAAGAACGGCUAAAGUGUGGGCAAGCAUCCCUGAGGAUGGUGCACCUCGAGAUGACCGGAGUUCAAGUAGGCACCAAUAUUCUAACAAUAAGUGACCUCCCCAAUGAAUUACUUAUUUACAUAUUUUCUAUGAUCGACUUUGAGUCAUUGUUGGCUGUGGCCAAGGUCUGCAUGAGGUGGCAACAACUGUGUCUGACUCCAUGUGUGUGGGAUAAUACCAAGCUCAUUGUAUGUAUGAAAAACUAUGUGAGUAUCAGAGAAAGUAUUGUGCCAUUUGUGGCCAAGUAUUUAAAAAAUGUAAAAUUGCAGUAUUUCAAGUUGUAUUCUCAAGUCAGGGCUUCCCUAAUAAGCUAUUGUCCAAAUUUAACUCAUUUAGAAAUAAGUAUAUCACAAGUUGAUAGCUGUAUUUUUGAUGACCUUGGACACUGGCCUAAUUUGAAAUUUUUGAGUUUCCGAAACUCACUGAUUGUACAAAAUACUGAAAAUGCUAAUGGAAAUUUUGUUUAUCAUUUACCAUUUGAGAAAUUAAAAAAUUUGGAAACACUUGUUUUAUCAAAUUUUGCUUUGACACCCAGUAGUUUGUAUAGCAUGCUGCAAUGUCCUAAUUUAGUUAGCAUCAAUAUGGAGAAGAUGAAGAAUAUUCCUUCAGAUUUCCUUGAAUCUCUACUUGUAAGAAAACAGACUACACUGAGAGCUCUACAUAUUUAUGGAGACACCCUAAAUGAUGAUAUAAUGUGUUAUAUUUCUACCUGCAAAGUGUUACAAGUUCUCCACAUAAUGACUUGUAAGACACUGUUUGAUUCUAGUUUAUUACACUUGUAUAAGCUUAAGAAUUUACAUUCACUAAAAUUACGUCAUGGAUACUUCUCUACUAGUGCAUUACUAGCAUACUUUUCAAACAACAAAUUCCAGCAUCUCACAUACCUUAGCCUCUCAAGGUGUCUGCAUGUGACCAUGCAAGUAGCAAAAGCAAUAAAAACAAGUGCUCCAAAUCUCAAGGAACUCUCAUUUUAUCUAUGCCCAUUUAUUAUAGGCCCAGAUUUCAACCGACCAGAAUUAGAGAAAAUGUUUGACAUACAAUUGCUCCUUGAUUAAAAUCCUUAUAUUAGUAAUAGAAGCAGCUUAGAAAUCCGUCCACCUUUUCAAAUUAUUAUAUUGUUACAACAGUAAUUCAAAGUUCAUAACUUAUUAGUGUAGCACUGAAUGAAAUAAGUUUCUCUAUCAGGAUUCAAUGUGGGAGAUCUGUUCCUUGGAUGUAGUAUUUUUUUUAUCUAUGUGAGCAAACUCUCACCUACUCAGAAAAUAUAUAGAUCACCAUAUAUUGUAUGGUAUAGUAGUUAUUAAAGCUUUUGUAGAUAAAGGGUUUAUCAACUAUAAUAGCUAAUAAUUUUGGUGAUGUUUGUGGCCUCCAUGACAAAUAAGUGAUAAGUGUUUGGAAAAAAUAUUUUAUUUAGCAAAUAGGAUGAAUUGUUGCAAAUGUGUCAACUAAUGCUUUAGUUCGAAUAAUUUACAGUAUUUACAUGUGACAAUGGCUAUUGUUUCCAAGACUGCUGCAGGAAGACUAUUCUUAGGUCAUUGUCAAGCAAGUUUUGUAAACAGUCAAAAAAAAGUGCCUUACAGGGUGUCAUGUAUAGGAAAGUGGCAAAAUUGUCGAAUAUUAAUUUAUUGUAUAGUGUAUAAUUUUGAACCAGUGAAUAUUGCAGGAACAAAUUAAUUAUUUUUAUAGUGCAAAGCCAAUUUCUAAUAGUUUAAAUUUUUUUUGUCUCCAAGUAAACAACUAUUCUCUAAUUUUAUACACAGAUUAUUUUAAUUAUUAUGGAAUUAAUUUAAAUUGAAUUGUUGAAGUCUUAUCACUGGUCUAAAGGUUUAUCUAUUAUCCUGUAUUAUCUACUUAGUAUGUAAAAAUAUUCAAUGUGAUUUAAUAGAUGAUUAUUGUUUUUGUUUGUACUGUUUAUCAUACACAUGCAAAAUUAUAUAUUUUCAACAAUUUGAA